AUGUCUCUAUUCUUAGAGACUAUUGUAUUCUUCACUGCUACUGUAGUUAGUACUGGUGUUGCAAGAGGUGUUAGUGGUCAUACUGGCUCUUACCCAUCUCUCAAUUCACUGGCCAAUGUUUCUCUUAUCACCUCUUCCGGAAUUAUCAACCCAUCUGGUCGAGAUGGAUCUUUUAACCUGAUCACUUCUGCUCUCAGUCAAAACUACAACCAAUCACCUACUAUAGCCAUGCAGGUCUUGAUAGGCGCUUCUCCCAUCUUGGAGGGUCUAGCGGUUGAUUGGGCCACAUGUGGCCUCUUGUCAACCAUUAUCGCCCUCGCCAACCAACACAGGACCGUAUUAUGUCUUGGUCCAGAUGGUUUGCAGGAAGGGGGCAAUGACGCCAAAGCAGCCAGACUUGCUGAGGCUCGAAAUCUCAACAUCACAUUGCUCAUUGACAUUAAUAAUGAUUGGGAAUACAGUGAUAAUGUGGCUACAAUCCUCCAAUUGUUGUCCUCAUCUACCUCGCCAUACCUAUAUAUUGGCAAUACUAAGGAAAUGGAUGCCUGUUGUGUGCAAUUCAGUAAAGCCAUCAACAUGGUCUUAGACAGGAUGUCAAAAGAGGACAUUACAUCCAAAGUAAUUUGCAUCAACUCUGAUCUUGAAGGUUCAACUGAUCGCAAGGUCAUUCAUCAACCUCAUCCUGGAAUCUUUAUUCAUUCUGGUAUCAUUGAGUUUGCUAACUUUUGUGCUGCUGCUGGAUUUUCUUCGAUCUGUUUUCACAACUUGUGUUGA